UUAGGGAUUUUAUUUUAUCUUUUUUUUUUUCUUUUAUAAAAAAGAACUCGCCUUUGUUUAACACAAUUUGAUCUCGUGGAAAGAAUGUCGUAUGAAAACAUCCCGUCGCUGAGAACAAUAGAAUCGGCAAUCAAACUCAUUGACAUCAAAAAAGACGAACUCAAGAAGGCGUUCGAUGAUCUCAAAGCCAACUCUCAGCACCUAUUUUCUUUCUCUAUCUCAUGGUCCGAGCUCGAUGCUUACUUCACCGCCAUUCAAAAUUCGGUAACUCAACGGUUCCGCCUCCUCGAGUCCCGCGAAUCCCUUCGCAACCCAAUUGACGACGUCCCCGUUUCGAGGCUCACUCGGUUGUCAACUCAAUCACCUGCGUCAAAAAAGCGAGACCCACCGGCUCCCAACCCGUUAACGGAACAAGGCCGAGUUGACUCGGUCAUUGAUUCUGUGGUCAACCAACCGUUAAAUCAGCUUGUACCGUUAAAUGUUGAGAAACCAUCGUCUUCAAAUUCCGUGGACUUGCCGUCUUAUGUUUCGGUUCCGCCGUCUGGCCACAUUGACUCGGUGGUGACUCGACCAGAACUGAAGGAGUUUUGUGAGAGAAUGGAUGGGAAGGGGUUGAGGAAGUACAUAUAUGGAUACGACUGUUUAAAAGAGCGGGACGCUAUCCGGAUGGAGCUUCCCGGUGCAUUGAAAAGUGCUGCGGAUCCUGGGGCAAUGGUUUUGGAUGCAAUGGAUGGGUUUUACACUGAGAAUUCACAGUCCAAAGAUGACACACAACCGGUAUUGCUUAAAUUAAGGAGGGUUUGUGUGUUUUUAUUGGAGCAGUUGAUGGAAACUGGUAUUAGUAUCAAUGAAGAAGUGAGGGAGAGAGCAAAGAAGUUAGCUUUAGAGUGGAAUGGCAAGGUCAGGUUGCUCAAAGAUAACUCUUUGGAGACAUUGGCGUUUUUGCAUUUAGUGGCAACUUAUAGCUUAGGACCUAUGGUUGAUAAAGAGGAACUUGUUGAUUACAUUUUUACCAUUGCUAGAUCGCGGCAAGCUACUGUAUUGUGUAGGUCGGUUGGUUUAGGGGACAAAAUUCAUGAUUUGAUUCAGAAACUGUUAGAUGGUCGCAAACAAUUGCUUGCUGUAAAAUUUAUACUUGAGUUCGGGCUAGCAGAAAAAUUCCCACUUGGACCUCUUUUGGAUGAGUAUCUGAAGGAGACAAAGAGGCUUGCUAUGCAAGUGUGCGAGAAAGGAAAGAACUCUCUUAAGUCGCAGAAUAUUGCCGCUGAUAGAGAAAUUUUGGCCUUGAAAUCUGUCAUUAAAAUAAUUGAAGAGCACAAUCUAGAAACUGAGUAUUCGCAAGUGCCCCUACAGAAAUGUAUUGAGCAGCUUGAGAAGCAGCAGGCAGACAGAAAAGUCCCUGCAACACCUUCUUCUUUCAAGCCUAAGCAGCAGCAGGCUGUUCAGAAGGCCAAUCAGCUGUUGGCUCAGCAGACAAACAGGAAGAGGAAGAAGCAGGCACCGGUAAAGCAGCAACAGAGUGUUAACAAGCAUCCUAAAACAACUGCAUCUGUUGCUUGUGCAGUACCUUCACUGAGUGCUGCUGGUACAACUUCUAUGAUUCCUCCAUUCCAGCAAGCUCAUCUUCAACCAGCAGGUUUAUUACCAAGUCAUUCUGCUGCAUAUUUAAGGUCACCAGCCUUCCCGUUUGGCUUUCCAGGCCCUACUCCUGCUGCUAAUCCUUAUGCAGGCCCAUCAGCUCCUGAUUAUGGUUUAGCGGGAGCCCCUAUGGGUUUCCCUUUGAAUCCAAACCCUGCUGCAUACCAUUCAUAUAAUCACAACAUGCGACCUACUUAUGGUGCAUAUGGUUUACCGCCACAAUACAAUCCAUCUUACCAUCCACAGUAGCUCGUGUAAUGCUUCUGGUUGCUAGGGAAAUGGCCUCGCAUUGACAUAACCGGAUUGUAUUGCAUAAACCUAAUUUGGUGACAGACUUUUCUUGACAGGUUGAGGCUACAUAGAAUUUCAUUUAUUGAUAAUCUUGUUAACUAAUCAAAAGAUAUAUGUAAAUUAUGGUUUAGUUUUCAAUCUAGAAAGCACAAAUACAA